GUGAAUUUUUCUGACCAGACAGUCUUCCAGCCAUGGCAGCAUUUGCAUCGAGUGGAAUCCCCCCCUCCUUCCGCCGCCAAAACAACCGAGUCGUGUAUACCGUUUGCGCGGUGGUGGCGGGCGGUUUCCUUCUGCACAGGUGGUACUCGACCCCUUUUGCCGAGAAGGACGCCCUUCCCUUUCCCUACUCUGAACGUCGGGACAUCCAGACGGGGGCAAUGGAGCCGGUCAAGGAUGUGAAAAAGUCUUGAAAUCUGUUACUGAAUAGUUCAUUAUGAAUUAUGUAUCCAAUGAACUUAAGGUAUAAGACCUGUUCAGCUUGAAUGAGGAUUUGUUUAGUGGUCAAGCAAUCUACCGUCUAGGAUAAAGACAGCAGUCCUUUGACAGGGACUAGAGGCUACUCUGUAAUUAUCUUUGUC